UCUCCUUCCUCAUGUCACUUGCUCAUUUUUUUUCCUCAAAACCUAAACCUAAAACCUACGAAUAUCUCUCUCCACAAUCAACCGAGCAAGAGAAAUCGAGAGAGGAGAGAGAAAGAUGGAUGAUCCCAACACCCAAACAUAUGGUGUUCCUCUCAGGGAGCUGCCUGGGUUUCCACCAAUUCGGCCGAAUCACAACCCGAUGAUGCUAUUGUCGGCAGUGAAAAUUCCUCUGGGAAUCCGUCGACAUUAAUAUUAAUGGUUCUCGCCGGUGGUGGAGGAGAAGGCCGUAGCCGACUUUUCCGUUAAUUCUCUCUCCUCUGAACCUUGAAUAAAUUGGAUUUUGGUGAAGAAGAUGAUGAUGGAGGAGAGAGAAAGGCAUAUCCACAUAUGGGGCUUGGGUUUCGGAAUUGAUGCUGCUACAAACUAGGGUUGCUACUCCCUUUACCAUCGUUCUCUUGAGGGGAAAGGAAACAGGAGUUUUGGUAAGAGAAGGAACAAGACCCACAAGUGUGCGUGCGAUGUGGCCGCUAGAGUUUCCAUCUUGAGAAGAGCGUGUGCUUACCCCGCUGCUCCCACCAGGAAAUUAAAUGGAAUGAAAUGAAGGGCCAUGGAAUCAGAGGUCCGAGAACUGGAGACACUACUAGGGAAUGUUGAGCUUUAGGCUACUGAUUUUGGUCUUUUAUAAGCCUGGAGGUGGUUGAAAAGUUGUAUUCAGAGGUCAAUAUAUUGCAAGACGAGAGAGGCUUCACUGCUUCAGUUCCUGCAGUCAUGAACUUAGUUGAGCUUGACAUUCAGGAAAAUGGAAUUGAUGAUCGCAGCGGAUGCUGGUUGAGUUUUUUUCCAGAAAACUUCACAUCAUUAGAGAUUAUGAACUUCUCCAAUCUUCGUCGGCUUUGGGUACACAUCUAUCUCCAUUUUUUUAAUGUUAGAUGAAAUAUUUAUUUACUUGUGGAAUACUGAGCAAAUCAGAUGCCUCUUUGUGUAGCCGAUUAUAUAACAGUAUGAUCCAAAUUGUUGUUUUGGGAAGAAAAUUGCAAUUUCAAAUUACAUGGCCUCAAUCUGUUUGAAUGUGUCUGCAUGAUUGUCAUUUGUCACGCUUCAUUUUUGUUGAUUCAUAGGUUGGUUUAUUCUUACAUCUAAAUGAACUUUAGUCUUCUAAAUCAGUUAAAAUCUUGUCUCGAUGCAUUUACAUCAUAUGGAUUGCCCUUCAUCAUUGAUGAUUUGACUUCCAGUUUGGUUGCUUGUCAACGGUCAUAAACCAGUGUAAUGGUUCUGCACUCGGGCAUGACUAUUUAAACAUGUAUGCUUGCUAAUUCUCAGUUUUUGGUUUCUAGAGUAGCUAGCAUUAAAAAUGGUGUUUUAUACGGUAGAUCUUUCAGCUUCUAUUAUAAUAAGUAAAUAAAAAGUUUAAAAGUGCAGAGUGUAUCUAAGUUGUUUCUUGGCAUAGUAGAGAGGCUAUUUCUAAAUACAUUAGAACUAAGCUAAAAUCGUUGAAGGCACACUCACAUUGUUUUAUUUGAGGGCUUAUGGUUAAUAGGUGUAAAUCAGAACAGAUCUGGUCAGAACACACUGAUCAGAAUAGAACUGGACUGAACAGAACUAAUCAGAACAGAACUGAUCUAAACAAAACAGAACUAAUCUGAACAGAACUGAUCAGAACUUAAUUGGUCUGAACAGAACUGAUCUGAACAGAUUAGUCUUUCUGAAACGUGUUGGCUUUGAGGUUUUUGGUGAUAUAGUUGUUAAAAGUGAGUGAGACAAGGGCUCUGUUUGGUAGGGUGUAAAACCUUUUCCCGGAAAACACUUUUCCGAGUUUUACGCUGUUUGGUAUGGGCCGGAUGUCUGAUGUAAAAGUUGGGCUGAAAAUGAUUUUACAUAUCACUGAAAACGUUUUCCCCCAAAUAAGAAGGGAAAACUGUUUUCAGUUUCUUAUUCGCUCGUUCCCAAAAGCAAGCCUUCUGCUCUCUCGUUCCCAAAUCAAAGCUCUCUCCUUUCAGAUCUCCUCCUCCUCCUCUCAGCGUGGGGUACUUCAGAUCGAAAUAGGUAUUUUCCUCUUCUCUAUUCUCUCUCUAUUAUCUGAUAUAAUUUGAUUUAGGGUUUUUAUUCUGUUAACUUUAUUGUUGUUUUUUGCUCAAAAUUUGGUCUGAUUGAUCUCAGCACAAUCUAGUACGGGAAUCAAAUUAUACUUGGUGAUUGUUUAUUAAUUAAUGAUGAUGAUGAAAAGUUUGGCUAUAUGCCGGUGUAAUGUGUUAGCAAAUUGCAUCAAAAAAUACAGCUAAAGUUGUGAAUUAUUGCAAAUCCCCUGUGUUCAAAGCAUUAACCAUUGGCUUCUGUGAACUUAUAAAUACUGAGGAAAUGAGGAGGGGAACGAUUUGGAUAUAAGGCUUUUGUUUUAAAAAUCAAUCAUAUUAUUUUGUGAUAAUUUGUAUCCUUGGAGUGUUCUGCCCUCCAAGUGUUUGAUGAAAUGCCUCAAUGGGUUUUUUUUCCCAUAUUUUGUAUGUUUGUAUCAUACCCUUUAAGUGUUUGAUGAAUUGCCUCAACUAAUACUUGUUUCUUUAUGUCUGUUGAUUAUCAGAUUGUAUGCUAGCAUGGAGUCGGAUCACGGAGUAUCAACUCAAAGUUCAGUUCAGGUAAUAAAUAUACAUUCAAAGUCCAUUACUGUAUGGUAAUGUUUAGUUGGUUACACUAGUCCCCGAAAUGAUUCUCUGAUAGUUGUUGUUUAUUUAUGUUAUUGUAGAUGACCCGUGAAUUAAAAGGCAUGAUUGUUGGUGCUGUGGCAGCCAUUAUUGGUUAUGUUCUUGCUUUUCUUGAAGUUUAUAAGUCUAGAAAUAGAGUGCCUAGAAUAAUAAGGCAACCUUACGUGAAUAGGUAUAGUUUGAGGGAGGCUAAUAUCAAUAUAUAGUAUUCUAUAUUGUGGUGAUACUCGUUGUCUAGGACAGAUUCGUAUGAGACCCGCUGCUUAUUUUAGCUUGUGCAAUAUUUUAGUUGAGAGGGGACUACUGUGAAAGUGUCGUCAAAUGAGUGUGAAGGAGCAAGUACUUGUAUUUUUACACUUGUUGGGACAUAAUGUAAGGUUUCGAGCAAUUGGAGGGAGGUUUUUUAGGUCAACUUGGACCAUACAUCAGUAUUUUCACAUUGUGCUUAAAGCUAUCCUUCGAUUGUACACAGAAUUUGUGAAACCACCAACAACUACACUUCAACCAGAAAUCCAAAACAACCCUAGGUUCUUUCCAUGGUUUGAGGAUUUCAUAGGAGUUAUAGAUGGAACACAUGUACGUGCAUCUGUUUCUAUUGAGAUGCAAGAUAGAUUUCGCGGUAGGAAGGGUGGGACGACACAAAAUGUAUUAGCUGCUGUUGAUUUUGACCUUAAGUUUACUUAUGUUCUUGCUGGUUGGGAGGGUUCUGCGCAUGAUUCGAAGGUCUUAGGUGAUGCACUAAGAAGGGGGUUCAAGGUUCCACAAGGAAAGUAUUAUCUGGCUGACGGAGGGUACGGUGAUCGUAAAGGUUUUAUGCCUCCAUUUAGGAAAGUCCGUUAUCAUUUGAAAGAGUAUACUAACAACCCUCCUGAAAAUAAAGAGUUGUUCAAUCUUCGCCAUUCUUCACUUAGAAUGUGUGUAGAGAGGGCAUUUGGAGUACUGAAGAAGAGGUUUCGUGUCUUGGAUGCCGAGCCAUUUUGGCCAUUUAAAACACAAGUUGAUGUGGUUCUAGCUUGUUGUGUGAUACACAACUACCUUAGAGGCGUAGAUCCAAAUGACCCAAUUGCAAGAGAAGUUGACAUGGAGAUGAAUUCACAAGAUGCAAGAGCACCACUUACUCAAAGGGAAGUGAGAGAAGAAACAAAAGAGUGUGUGAAAAAGAGAAAUGCCAUAUCAUUGGCGAUGUGAACUGCAUCUAAGGCAUAUAAGAAGCCUCGGACAAUGUAAACUCUUAUGUAAUCAAACUCAUCCAUCUAUUUGAUUCUCAACCAUCUGGGAUAAACUUAUAUGUAAUCGAGUGAACUAUGAAAGUUUAUUAGAAUGCUAUAUUUUUUUCUUGACUAUAUCGAUUUAUUAGAAUGCUGUCUUUUGCUCA